GUUUACCUUGAUGAUAAAAAAACAGCCAUUUUGAUUUUUUUACUAAAGUAGUCCGGGUAAAACAGUUAACAUCGAGUUCCUUACAGAAUAACGAUGUGGGUGUGCGCCGUUUGUUAUUUCUCAAAUCAGAAGAAAGAUGAAGAAUGUAUAAAAUGCAAGAACGAUAGAGAUUGUGAAAAAGUUGAAGGAUGGAAAGUUGUUAAAGCUUUUGAUGCGUUCUGUGACGAAGGACCUACAAAACAGCUUUGUUUAAAAUAUGGAGAAAUUAUACGUGUAGCUAAAAAAAAUAACAGUGAUUGGUGGUGUGGUUUCAAAAGUGACGAAUGGGGAUGGUUUCCGAAAGUGCAUGUUGUAAGAACAAGAAAAUCUCAAGAGAUAUCCAUUAAAUCUAAUGAAAACCAAGCUGCAAAAAAAGAAGCAGACAGCUCGUCAACAUGGUCAACAGGGAUAUCCAUUAAAUUUAGUGAAAACCAAGCUGCACAAAAAGAAGCAGAUAGCUCGUCAACAUGGUCAACAGGAACAUUAUUAAAGGUGUUAUGUGAUUUUAUCAGUAAAUCCGAUUACGACACAGACAAUCUGAAUGUUAAAAAAGGGGAUGUUGUCAAACUAGUAGAUAGUCGAGAAGGUUGGCAUUGGGUAGAGCAUGGUGAUACCGAAGGAUGGAUUCAAACUAGUCUUGUUGAACCAACAGAAAUCAGCACACUUAAAAGAAAAAUGUACAUAGUGAAACAGGCCUUCAAAAGCAAAUCCGAAUACGACACGGAUAAUCUUAAUGUUAGAAAAGGUGAUGUUGUGGAACAUAUACAUGUAACAAGUGAUGGAAAUUGGAUAUGGGUUGUUCAUGGUAAUUCAGAAGGAUGGAUUCCUGACUACUAUGUUGAGAAAACAGAUAAGGAAAGUAUUGCAGCUCAAGCACAUAUUGAAACAUCACAAAACAGAUUUGAUGCAAGGAGUGAACAUAUUUCAAAGGAAGAAACAACUGGUGCACAUAAUAAACAGUUAGAUAAAUCAUCGGAUUAUGAGAUCGAGGAGAUCUACGAAGGUGAUGCACCGCCACCACUUCCAGAACGAAACUAUGUUACUGCUAAAAACAAAACUGGUUCGCAUGAUAAACAGUUAGACAAAUCAUCGGAUUACGAUUCCGAGGAGAUUUACGAAGACCCGACAUCAUAUGAUAAACAGUCUGGAAAACCGUCGGAUUACGAUUACGCUUACGCGGAUUUUAAUCCCAAGAUUAAUAAAGGCUAUGUCAAUGUAUCAAAAGACAUUUCUGAAAAAAAGCCCGGUGAAGAACCUAUUUAUGAAGAUAUAGACAACUUCAAACAACUAAGAAUUGUAAUGGUUGGAAAAACAGGAUCGGGUAAGAGUGCAACUGGUAAUGCUAUCCUUGGAAAGAAAUACUUCAAAUCGAAAAUGGCAGGCUUGUCUGUUACUAAAGAGUGUCAACGUGGUGAAAUCGAAAUAGGUGAUCGCAAAAUCAUUGUAGUUGAUACUCCCGGAUUAUUCGAUACCAAAUUAUCACCUAUAGAAAUUGAAGAAAAUAUACUUAAUUGUGUUCAUAUGACUUUUCCGGGACCACAUAUAUUUUUACUUGUGCUCCAGAUUGGUAGAUUUACUACAGAAGAAAUUGAAUCCCUUGACCAGUUAUUUGAUAUAUUUGGAAAGGAAAUGGAAGCUUUUUCGAUUAUUCUAUUUACUAAAAUGGAUGAAUUGGAAAAUCAAAAUGAUACUAUUGAAGAUUAUAUAAAAGAAUCGGGCUCGCCAUUAACAGGGUACAUUGAGAAAUGCCACGGGCGUUAUUUCGCUCUAAACAAUUCAGCUACAGCGGAAAAUAAAGGGGAAAUGGUUCAUAAAUUACUGAAUUUGAUCGACACUGUUGUCAAACAAAAUCAGAACAUGUGCUUUUCAAACAAUAUGUUUAAAGACGCUAAAAUAAGUGUACGUGAAUCACGAAAACAAAUAGAAAUGGAAAACUUAAAAGAAAUUGAGCAAAUUGAACACGUGUACGGAAAACAAGUUGACAUAAAUAGAGAAAAAAAGAAACAAAAACAAGAAGAAUUUAACAUGCAAGCAGAACGUAAACACAAGCUUGAGGAACAGAAGAAAAGGAUGAAAAAUUCCCAAUUGUCUUUUAAAAAAGGUGAAGAUGAAAGCAAUACUCCGAGACCUGAUUCCGAAGAAAUUGAAGAACUUUAUAACGAAAUUUUCAAAGCCAAUAUCCUGUUAAAUGAGAAAGAAAGAGAGAAGGAAGAGGCAGAAGAUAAUUAUGAAAAAGUUAAGGAAGGUUUUAAAGAGAUGGUAAAAGAAACUAAAACGAAACAGAACCAGCGAAUGUUAGCAUUGAAAAACACCGACUUUUAUGAUCAAAUGAAUUCAGCAGUUGAGGAAAUGAAAUCAAUCGACGAAAAACUUCAAGAAAUUGCGAAGAAAAUGAACGAGGAAGGAAAUCGUCAAAAUAUGACCAUCCAACAACAAUUACAGAGAGAGGAAAACGAGUUACAUUCUGAAAUGGAUAAAGUAUUUUCUGAUCAUCGCAUGUAUCUAGAACAAAUGAGAAAAAAGUCGAAGGAGAUGGAAAAACAACUGACAAAAAAAGGAAAAUUGUGUCGUGUUAUGUAGCUUAACAAACUAAAUGGAAUAUUAAGAAAUUUGGCUACCGUAAUUAAACAAAGUAAUUUUAUCAGAACAAGAUGACUUGGUGAACAUUAGCCUACAUGUAUAUAAAUGUGAAAUUAAACCAAAACUCGCCUGCUUUCUAGGCGAAAGUUUCGGUGUACAAUUAAACACAUUGGUGUUAUUUGUCAAGCGAUAUUGAUGACACAGUGAAUGCAUUGAUGUAUUUCUAAGUAUCUUUUUUAUCGUUACCAAUUGGUACUUUUAUCCUUUCUUAGUAAUUUAUCACCUACAUGUAUGUAUGUAUGACACUUUUUCAGACUACGUCUACUAAUAGAAAACUAACCGCCAUGAUAUAGCUAAGAGUGUCGAAAGUGGUUUUUAACAGCAACAAACAAUCAUUAAUUCUUCAAUAUCUUAGAAUGUAUUUGAAUAAAAAAAAUGACUCCAAAUUGCGUUGGUAAAACUGAAAUGCGAUGGUUUAUCCUGAUUGUAGAUCAUUAUUCACAAUAAUCAGCAACGUAUAAGGUAUGCGUUUCUGUCUCUGCUGAAAGACUACCACUAAGCACGAUUUUUAUUGAAAGGUAACCGUAAUAAAUCAAAAUCGUACAGCGUAGCAUACUCGUAGCAUAGACAAAGCUUCUUUCUAUUAAAGAAUUUAAUAUUGAGGUCAACUGCCUACAGUCUAUAUAAAUAUUAUUAGAUUGUUUAAAUUCCAAGGGUUUAAAUAUGGAUCAUGGACUUUAUCCUGCCAGCAAUGAGAAUCAUCAGCUGUAGGCGCACAAUUGACUGUUCUAGGAGUAUGAAGACACAGCUACUUCCAAUUAGAUAUAAGUCCUUUAAUAAACGCAUUAGGUUUAUGAGAAACAAAUAUAAACAGAACUCCAAGGUAAUUUAAAAAAAGUCCACAAAAGCUGACAAAUUCAAAUCGAUAGACUAUAUUAACCAACAGAGGAAAAGGAAAACAAUUGUCGUAUUCCUGGCUUGGUACAGGCAUUUUUCGAUGGAAAAGUUGAGUUAUACCUGGUUGUAUAGCUAGCUAAACCUCCCAUUUGUAUGACUGUAUUUUAUUGUUCCGUUACAUUGACAAGAUUGGGUGAGCAACCUCAAUAGAUAUAAUUGGUUAAAUGUCAAUAAUUUGGAUCCAGCAGCCAAAACUGUGUAAACAUACACCUUAGAAAUACAACUAAAAUGACUAAAAAAAUCCCAAACAAACAUACAUAUAGAACUGACAAAGACGCCUUCAUUUUUUUUUAUAGUUUUUAACAAUCAUACACACUUUCCCGAUAAAGUACAAAAUAAGUUAAAUAUACAAGUAAUUAAAACAAUAUAAAUACCUAAUAAAAACCAGAUAUGUCUCCGAAUCGUACCGCUAGACCAACUGCAUCUGGAACUCCGUAAGCCAAAAACCCGAACAUUGGAUGUACAAAUACCAAGCCACGUCAAGAGUCAUACGACUAAUAGGAACAUAUUAGGAGAAGCCAUCAAAAUACUGGACUUUUUUAAGCAUACUUAUUAUAAAGUCAAAAAAGCAAAAAAAAAAAAAAAAAAAAAAAAUA